CUGGGUGCAUAUAGCAGUGUCCUUUGUCACAAGUACUGUCAUAACCUCAUGCGAUGUCUAAAGUUGAACAUAAUAUAUCAUGAGCUAUUCUUCAUGUAAUUGAAUUUCGAUGUUGACAUUGUCCGUUUGCUUAGACAGCCAUCAUCAUUAGAAUUAAAGGUGUACCUAAUUAGCCAGUCAUCAUCACAUGAAGUUCUGAAGUUAAGAAACAUCAAAUUUGUUUGCAGUGAAGGACAACACGAAAACCUACCACAAAAACAAUUGAUUGAAAUUUGGAUCCGCUACAACAGAUGGAGGCAUCAGAAAGAUAUUAAAGACAUUACACAAGGAAGUUCCUUAACGUGUGUCCCGUAGACGUGUUGCAUCAAUGCUUUCCCACUCCCAGCCAAGAUAAAUAACACUAUCGGUUGUCAGUAAGAUACAAGCACUAACUCACGGUCACCUAUUUAAAAUAUUCUUCAACAUCGUAUAGUAAGCUAGCAUGAAAUAUAAUAAUAUAGCUAGCAUCUUCCAAGAUCACUCAAUAUGGAAAUUUAACGUCUGCAGCCAACACGCAGAAUAUAUAAACCUUGCCAAAUUGACCAAACAGGUUUUACAUGUUCUAUAGCUAAAUAUAGAAUUAAAAACAACUCAGUGAUUAGACAGAUUUCUCAUAAAAAUAAGAAAAAAUGACAACUUGUACAAAUCGAAGUAGUCGACAAAUUUAUAAUACAAAUAUCAACAUUGGUACAAUAUUGUGACAUUUUUUUAAAAUACGAAAAUAAGGAUAUUAAAUCCUUAUUUUCGUAAGAAGAUACCAUAUCUAAUUACAGAAUUUAAAUCCAUGCAUUUUUUAAAACAGUGUCCUAUGUAAAAUUGCAAAUAUUUCAGUGCUGAGAAAACUAGUAGAUAACUCGGAAGAUAUAAGUGUGGGGAUAUCAAUUCUUGAAUCAUCAGUUGGGACGUGUCCAAAAUACACACUUCACUUAUCAAGAAGAUCAAUAUUUUUUACUACUUAUACCUUUUAGUUAGUAAUCAGUUUUUAAUAUAUCGGUCAGACCGAGGACUUGACAUACUUUUAUACAUGUAUAUACAUGUAGUAGUGCCCUUCAUAAUCAACACCGUUAUCAUUGAUCUUGUUAAGUUAAAGAGUACGUGGAAUAUACUAUUCCAUCAGAUGAACUUGACAAUUUUGACGACAUGUAUAAUUACCCACUUAAAGUAUUGAAUUUUAAUAGUGAAAAGGUAAAGAUAAACUGUUAUUAAUCUCGUAAAUCCCAUCAAAUUUGCAAAAUUUAGAGCAGGACAAACAGGUCUUCUGGAAAUACCAGAGGUGGGAUGAGAUGCCUAGAAGGAGUUAGCAUUCCCUGUUGACUUCUCACACCCGCCGUGAGCCCAAUAUCUUGAUCAGGUAAACGGAACAAUCCCUAGUCAGUAUGUACAGAACAGUCUAGCAAUUGGUCUAAAACAUCCCAGAUGACUUCCAAGUCAAUGAAAGCUUGCAUUCGCAAACUGAAUCGUUAAUCAAAUGAUAAGUAUUAGCGUACAAAUGACAAUGUUAUUAGGAAUGGAAAACGUUUACAAAAAAUUGAAAAAUUUCCGCACAUAAAUAAAGUACUUUCACAAUCAAUCAAAUGAGAAGUAGUUUUUGUACUUAAACGAGAUGUUUCCGUAAAGAGAUGAAUACUUGUCAUAAUCAAAUACAAAGUUUUAGUUUUAGCGCAUGAAUAACAAUAUGUCGAUGCCUGAUAGUCUCUGGAUGAUAAAUGGAACGAAGGACUUUUCCAGGCCAAAGGUCAACAGAUAUUUCUCGCAACAACAUUUCUAUCUGAAUACUAAAUGCUAAGUUUCUACAGACAUCUUAAACAAAUUGCGCGUUCUUGAAUUCCUUUUUAAUAUACUUUUAGUUUUCUCCAAAGUCACCUUUUAAAAAUCUCGCCAUUGAAACCUACACAAGGUACAGUUUAUCUAUCAAAGAAGGUCAGAUAUCUAUCCGUAUAUAAAAAUGUGCAUUUUAAUUCACUCUUAUAUUUUGUUUGUCAAACAAGAAAUUUGUUCGAAUGAGUCGCUAAAUUCUAGAAAAGCCUUUAUACAUGUAUUACUAUCAAAGAACUGUAUCUGCGUUUGUGCAAUUAACACCCGUAACAACAUAAGUCGGGGUUGGUAUCUUCUUUUUAAUUCAAUAAGCUCCUAUUUAUGGAGAGGUGGUGGUGGGUAAACGGUGUCCCUUCCUGAAGCAAACGAACUUUGUAUUUUCUCCCCUACGAUUCUUUUUAAUAGAAUAUGGCAAAACGUUAUGAUUUUUUUCAUUUGGUUAUAUUGGAGUUUUAAAAGACUUGGCUAUAUCGGAGCCGUUACGGUUAUUAUAUGUUUCUAGAUAUGUACAGAUGAAUUCCAAAUGAUUUCUUUAGAAAGGUUUAUUUUUAGAUUCCAAAACGUUCAUUGUGUUUAAUUACAACGGCACGAUGUCGGCUGAACGAAAAUGUGUUCAUGGAACUCCAGCAGACUAUCUGUGUUUGUACCACAAAGAGCCAAUAUGUCCAAAGUGUAGAUUUGUUGAAGAGCAUUCAUCUUGUCCAACGGACACUCUAGAAAUAACGGACGAGUUUCCAGCACCGGGUACCGAAAGAGGAAACUGUUACGAUCGGUGUAUUGAAAAUUAUAGGAGCGCCCGCCAUCUUCAAAUCAAAUGCUGUGAUCUACAGCAAAAGUCACCAGUACACCAGAGAGACAGUCUGGAUACACUCUUCAAGGAGUUUAAAUCGAAAGUGAAUAUUUUACAAGAAGAAACAGAAAAAUGCAUUGAUGAAACUAAAACAAAUUGUAUGAGGAAAUAUGCCUCCAUACAAUCUGAUUCUGGUAAUGUUUUAACAGAAGUUGGAAAGCACAUGAAAGCGCUUUGCGAGAACACACAAGAUAUUACGCACAUUUAUCGUCUAACGGAGGAGUACAAGGAAGUUAUAGACGCGAAAAUAAAGGAACUCGAUCAAUGUGACUUAAACUAUUUGCUAACAGUAAACCUCGCUCGAUUGUUUGACCCGGACCGGAUUGUCACGAUCCAACAGGCAAUACUGAGCAGUCAGCUGAUCGACAGCAUUUACCCGCCGGAAGUUCGUCCUAAACUUAAGCUCACACGAACACUGGACCCCAGACUACCUUCUGAGAAGAAGGCAUAUAUUUCAGGUUGUACUAUACUCAAGGACGGUGUCAUUGCAAUUGUUGACAUGCGAAACGCUUCUAUUAAACUAUUCGCAGCAAAUGGUUUGUUUAAAGACCAAGUUAAGGUAGACAGUCCUCCGUUUGAUAUCGCAGAAAAUGACCAAGGUCUCUGUGUGUCACAACCAGAUUUAUGGCAAAUUCUUAUCAUUACUACUACUUCUGGUUAUACACAGAAAAAAAGGGGCAUCAUAAAAACCAGGGGCAAGUGUUUUGGGGUUGAAUACGGAGGACAAAGAUUAGUUGUGUCCUGCCAUUUAUCUGGAUUCAUGUAUCAGUUUAUAGGAUCUCAGACUUGGCAGUUUUGUGUGUAUGGAAACAAUAACACACUUCUGCAAGUCAUUGAAAAAGACAGAUUGGGCAGAUCGUUUUAUAUGAGUGAGGGGUACUUUAACUUCUGUCCAUUCCGAGAUCAGAUCCUGUUUUUAGCCAAUGACGGAAAAGUCGAACAAUUCCAUAUUACAAUACCAUCAAGCUUAAAGGAACUAGGACAUCUUAGAUCGAAGGAAGGUGAGGAGAUAACGUCGUUGACUUCAUGUGGAAGUACAAUCAUCACGUGCCACACAAGUUUUUUUCUUUCUUAUUGGCCUAGUAUGUCCACACUCCGUCUUCAGAGUUCAAUUUCAACCGCAACUAGUGAAGCAGACUUUAACACGAGGUGCCCAGGUCCCAUGUGCUGCGAUUUAAGGUCAAAGAUCCUCGUAGUUUGCCAGGGGUACCAAAGAUUUAGAGAUCACAGCAAUACUGUGUUUAUUUAUAAUGUAUAACCUUCAAUAAACAUAUAGCAUAUUUGAUUCUGAUAAAAUUCGGCCAGAUCGGGUAUACCUGGCGACGCACUAAGUAUCAAGUGACCCAACUAAAGUGCACUAAUGAAAAUGUGACUUUCUAUCGUAUAAGCAUUAUUUGAAUUGUAUAUCUAUUAUAUAUAAUGUACAUUGAUUUCCCUGAUGUCCACAAUUGUAUCAUAUAUUUCCUAAACUGAUGAAAUUAAAACUUUUGUCAUUUCAACCAGCUUUUCAUGAUUUAAUGCUGUUUAACAAAAGUAUGUGAUUUCUAUAUGUAUACCUCUGUUUAUGUAUGCCUAACUUCUUUAAAGAGACAGAAACGCAUAUACAUUGUAUUGUCUUUCGUUAUUGAUCAAAUUAAACUAUAUUAAGUUGCAA